GGGCCGCGUAUCAUAUGAUCGUUUUCUCCUAUAAAAGCUCGGUAUCUCGCUCCCUCAAAACCCUAACCCCCCUGAUUUCCUCAUCCUAAGCCGUGAGGAAGAAGAGAAACUCCUGCUAGUCGGCGCUGUAUCUGUAAAUCCUAAAACACGCCAUGGGUAAGGUACACGGGUCGCUGGCACGUGCCGGGAAGGUGAGGGGGCAGACGCCGAAGGUGGCGAAGCAGGAUAAGAAGAAGAAGCCCCGGGGCAGAGCCCACAAGCGCAUGCAGUACAACAGGCGUUUCGUCACAGCCGUUGUUGGAUUUGGAAAGAAGAGGGGGCCCAACUCGUCAGAGAAGUAAGGUUGGUGUUGAAAGCUCUUUUGGUUAGUGAUGUAGGUUGGUUUUCUCUGGUGAAAUGUCAUUUUCAGUGUUUUGUUAUUCCUUUUCACAAUGUUUCUUGGAUAUUGAAUUUUCCAUGAUUAGUUGGGUGUGCCCAUGUUUGCCAUAUACAUGAUGGAUUAUCAGGAAGAAGCUUAUCCUAAGAUGAUUUGAACUUUUUUUUUUC